AUGAGGAAUGAGACAAGAGUGAUCAAAGUUGAGGAAGGUCCGUGGGCGAGAGAAGGAAGGUCAAAUAACAAUACCGACCUUUGCAUACAAUUCUUAGAGGACAGCCGGGCGAAGGCCGUCGCCCUGUACGAUGUGAGCGAUUCUCUGAUGAAUACAGUCACGUCUGCAAAGCAGAGAGUUUGGUGUUUUGGCAGCCCUGCCACCGUACUAACCGCAACCGGCGCUAGCCCGAUUAAAAGCAAGAAGGUGCAUGGAAGUCCUCGCAAGCUCCGUCACACAAACCUCGACCUCACCAUGCCCUUUCACUCUUCGCACUUCUGUCUUGCACGACACAACGCCUCCCACCUCAACCGAACCCUUUUGACCGCCCCUUACCGCCAAUUCGCAACUUCACAACUCCUCCGCUCGCGUCUCCGCCAGCCCGGCGAGCCGACAGGCCCAGACGAACCACCCUCACACACAGCAUCCCCACCAUCCAAGUCCCCGCUCAAAGUCUGGCCCUUUGUCUUCAUAUUCGCAACCGGUGCCUUCCUUUUCAAGACGAUUGUCGAUCAGCGGAAGGGGGAAUACAAACCUCAAGGACCCGUCUCUGGCCACAGUCCGAGCCGCCCAUAA